ACGAUUUCCAGACGAUAGUUGGAGGGUUCGUUGACCUGAUGGACAACUUGUCAGCUGAGGUAGAACGAGAGAAACUCAAGGCAAUCGGAGCUCGUAACAUGUUGAAGAGCAUGGCGAAACAGAGGGAGAGUCAGCAGCAACAGCUUGUUGGUCUGAUACACGAGAAGAAAACUCAACUAGAAAGGUACAGGAUUCAGUUACAGAGUUUGGAAAAGACGGAAGCGGAGCAGAGAGACUUCAUUGACCAGUUCAUUCUACAGAAAUAAACAUAUGAGAUUGUUAUGUAGAAAUUGAGGACUGAUUGUAGUGCAGAUAGUACUACUACUAUAUAGAGUACAAAAGAUAGCGCUAUAAUCGCUUGUAUUUGUACUUUUUCUGGUGGCUUGGAUAAAGUUAGUUCUUUACAGUCGCAGAGCUGCUUUUUAUCGUGCUGGUGUUAUAUAAUGCGUGAGUGCGAGACGCUGACCAGUCGCAGAUAUACAAUAUGUUAUUUCGCAUACUUUUAUAAAACUUGUCGCAAAAAAUAUGAGAAAGCAUUUGCUUGAGCCUCAGUCCGCCACGUUCGAUUUUGAAACAGCUAUUUUCUCAGAAAACAUUUUACUAACUCUAAAGGCACAAUUAACUCUCUAAAAAAGGACUCUGAAUUGUGUGGGCGCUGAAUACAUCGAUCGAAGUUACUUUGGAA